AUGGACCUCCUCUCGAGUGUCCGCAAAUCCGGCUCCCGCGGCGGCGUCAACUUCUCCUGGGACGAGGUCGCCAACUCCAACCACCGCGAAAACUACCUCGGCCACAGCCUGAAGGCCCCCGUCGGCCGCUGGCAAAAGGGCCGCGACCUGAACUGGUACGCCAAGGCCGACGACGACGCCAACGCCGGCGACAGCAACGAGACCCCCGAGGAGCGACAGGAGCGCGAGCGCCGCGAGGAGGUGCGCAAGAUCAAGGAGGCCGAGGAGGACGCGCUUGCACGCGCGCUGGGCCUGCCCGUCCCGCAGCGUGAUACUUCGGGCGCGAAUGCGGUGGAAGUCAGCGGGUCGAGAGGCAUCGGCGCUGUGCCAGCACCGGAGCCGCAGCAGGAGCAGAAGGGCGGGCUUGUGGUCAAGGAGAAGCGGGAGCGACGGGACCGAGGAGAGCGAGGCGACAGGGACAGAGGGAUCGAAGGCGCAGCCCCGAUGAACGCCGUUAAGCUUUUGGUCUUCUAA